CACCGAAGAAGAAGCUUCGUCCCCCGGAAGUGUUGUUCGGUGUUUCAGAGCUUCAGCGGAGAGAAGCGUUAGAUGUUAGUUAACUAGCUGAAUCCAAGUAACGGCAGAAAACCGAUGAUUUAGUCGGUUAAUCAGAGAUGGACCGACACCGGAAACAGCUGGAGGUGGUUUUAAAACCGGAAGCGAAGCCGCGAGGAGAAGUUUUACCUUCAGAUGUACGAAAAGUGAUUGUUGGUGAAGAAGAGCAACAGGAGUGGAGCUCCAGUCUGGACCAGGAGGACCCAGAGCCCCCAAACAUUAAAGAGGAACAGGAGGAACUUUGGACCAGUCAGGAGGGAGAGCAGCUUCAAGGGCUGGAGGAGGCUGAUAUCACCAAGUUCCCAUUCACUCCUGUUCCUGUGAAGAGUGAAGAUGAUGAAGAGAAACCUCAGUCCUCACAGUUUAAUCAAAGACAAACUGAACAGAUGGAAACAGAAGCUGAUGGAGAGGACUGUGGAGGACUAGAACCAGCCAGGAACUCAGAUCCAGAUAGACAUCUAGAACCAGAAACUGUUGACAAGACUGGAGACUCUUCUGAAGCUGAGACUGAUGACAGUGAUGACUGGAAGGAGACCAGAGAACCUCAGUCAGGUUUAAACUCUCUGAAUAAUGAUGUAGUUCCUGUCAGUGAUUCCAGAUGUAGUGCUGACGUCCAGCAGCUGUUGGUGGUUAAAGAAGAGGUUCCCCCUGAGCAGCAGGAGCGGAGCUCCAGUCUGGACCAGGAGGACCCAGAGCCCCCACACAUUAAAGAGGAACAGGAGGAACUCUGGACCAGUCAGGAGGGAGAGCAGCUUCAAGGGCUGGACGAGGCUGAUAUCACCAAGUUCCCAUUCACUCCUGUCCCUGUGAAGAGUGAAGAUGAUGAAGAGGAACCUCAGUCCUCUCAGCUUCAGCAAAGACAAACUGAACAGAUGGAAACAGAAGCUGAUGGAGAGGACUGUGGAGGACCAGAACCAGCCAGCAACUCAGAUCCAGAUAGACAUUUACAGCCAGUUAAUGAGGACAGUUCUCUGGAGUCUUCUGAAACUGAUGACAGUGAUUGGUCACAAACAAACGAAGCUCAGUCAGGUGUCGAGGCUCAGAAACACAGCAAAGACCCCGAGAGUGAUAAUGGAUCUUCGUCUAAGGAGAGACCAUUUCCUUGCUCCUAUUGUGGGAAAAGAUUUAGCUUGAAGGGAAAUUUGAACAGACACAUUAGAGACCACACAGGUGAGAGACCAUUUCCAUGUACAGGUUGUGAUAAAUCAUUCAAAGACAGCGGAUCAUUAACGGCACACAUGAGGUGUCACACCGGAGAGCAGCCAUACAGCUGCUUGUUCUGUGGGAAGAACUUCAGCGGGAGAGGAAACAUGACCCGACACAUGAGGAUCCACACCGGAGAAAAACCCUUCACCUGCUCGGUGUGCAAUAAAAGCUUUCAUGUAAAAGAACACCUUAACAGACACAUGAAAUACCAUACUGGGGAGAAACCCUUCAGCUGCUCCGUCUGUGGCAAAGGGUGUGCUCAGAAAACAGACCUGAAGAAACACAUGAGAGUCCACACGGGAGAGAAACCCUUCAGUUGUCCGUUCUGCGGAAAGUGCUGUGCUGAAAAAGGAGACUUGACCAAACAUAUGAGAGUCCACACAGGAGAGAAACCAUUCAGCUGCAACGUCUGUGGGAAAAGUUGUGCCCAGAAAGGGAGCCUGAAGAUUCACAUGAGAGUCCACACAGGAGAGAAACCGUUUAGCUGCUCUGUCUGUGGGAAAUGUUUCACUGUUACGGGACAUUUAAAGAGACACAUGAAGCUGCACGCAGCUGACGGUCGGGAAGCCGACGGUCAGGAGGCCGAGGCUGUAGAUUCACAUUCAGCCAAAGUACAACAGGAAGUCGAACCUUUGAACUCAUCAUGAUGGUCCAUCUGUCAGGACACAUGCAGCCAUGUUCAUCAAACUUCUCAUGUAGAGUGUUUAUUACACGACUGUUAUAGAUGAAGGGAUUGAAAUGAUCAGAAAUACAUUAAUUGUUAAUGUAGAAUAGGAAUCAUGUGGUGUAGCAUCCAGAGAAUCAACCCUUUCUUCCAGAGACCAGAUCACAAGUCCAGUUAGUCCGUUUAGGUUGUUUCUUUGUUACUUGAGCACCUCAACGGCUGCUGCCAUAGACCAUCAUCAGUAACAAGAUCUGAACUUGAACCCAAAACUUUAACAGGACCCAUCAGGUUCAGACAUCUGACCAGUUCUGAUGGCAGAACUGCUUGUACUUAUUCAGACAUGAUGAACUUUGUGUUUCUGAGGAGGCUCAUGCCGGCCUGGUGUAGUUUUGGUGGCUACAUGCAGAACCAUAAACACAAUCACGGUUUUCUUGUUGUGUUCCAACCACUUUAAGUCACUUUAACCGCCCAUCUUAAGAGGCGGAGCCGGAGUUACAGGAUACAGGAAGUCGGCUCCGGUCUCUGGCUUGCUUGAGCGGAGGAGUUGAAGUUUCAUAGCAUUUAUUCAGCGACAAAUAAACUGUACACACACUGCUACACCUACUUUCACAGCUAUAACGCCACCAACAACCUUGCACUCACCGCCAACACACACAUGGACGCUCGUUAAAGUUACGUCGCGCUGAUCGACUGUAUGUGUGUGACGGCAGCGGCGAGCAAGAAGCCUCCGGCAAUGCUAGAGCUGUUAACGUAGCACAAAUACACGCACUGUUUAUCGGGCAAACGCUAUCGUUAAUCCGGGCAGACAGAGUAUCGUUACGCCGGGCAGACACACAGCAAACAACAUGCUAAACUAAACUAAAUGUGCGGUGGAGACUUUUACUGGGAAAGUGGCAGCAUGUUCGCGACACUACACACAGCAUCGUAGCUGCUAAGUAAACGCUCCCGGACGGGUGAACUGGGUUCUCAGUUGUCUGUUGUGCUCGUACACUGCAGCUGGCGCGAGGCACAAAUCUUGUCGGUUAACGGUUAAUAAUCGGUUCAC